AUGAAAUUGAAAGAAGAAACCGAAGCUGCGGUGGAAACGGCGAAAGAAGUGCUUCAAGAAGUAGUGCUCGUGGCUUCUCUUGUACGAACCCUAACAAACGUAUUUGGCUCUGCGUCAGAUCUCUACCGCACACUCAAGCGCAAGUCAGAUUCCAAAAGCCAAGAUGGAGAGGAUUCGGGAUCGACCCGACCGGAAGCAAGACGCAGGGGGUCAAGCUCUGACACGGAACGCCCUCGUCGUCGGUCAGUCAGAUGGAAUCUUGCCAAUCUGAGGAAGAAUGAAUAUGUAGACAGCGAAGAGGAGUCGAUCUACAAGUCCUCGGUUCAUAUUCGAGCCGAAUACGAACGGGGCUACCAACGCCUUGGAGAACCUUUUGCGCGUGGUGACUUGGUAGUGCACGUACAGCUGCAGUCGCAGAUCGUACGACUCCAACAGACGCUCCUCGACAUCCAUCAGGAUCUCCUCCUGAGCACUUACCCAACACCUGCAUCCAACCAUUCGCAUCUAGUCCGCCUGAUCCAGACAACCAGAACGGCUCGUGUGGCCUCUAUAGAAGCACUUAAUCUACAAUAUCAACGGCUGCUACCCCCCAGACCUCCGAGCAGACAUGGAAGCAUCCCUGGAGCCUUCCCAACAUCGGCUGAUCCUCCUCACGAGCCUCAUCAAGGCGGACAAGAAUAUCGACCGCGACGAAGAGACAGCUGUAUGAGUAGUAGCUCCGGCUCGGAGGAUCAUGAGGUGAAGAUUUUGCCAAUCCCAGAGCCAAAGCCAAAACCAAAGCCAAAGCCAAAGCCCACCAUCCCACCUCCACCGGCACCACAACCGAACAGACUCUUUUGUAUAUAUGCGAGAGAUCUUCAGCGCAAUCCCGAACUGCCACUUGCCAACAGCUACAAGCCAGGUGGGAACGGCAUGUGUCCAUUCUGCCGCUCAUACAUUGCCACGCGACCUGGGAAAGCUUGGGAGAUUAUUGUGGACAGUCACAGGCGGUUCGAUGGCUAUAUCAAGAUGAUAUCUCGAACCUUCUUGGUCAAGAACCGCUUUGUGAUAAAAUCGCACCGAGAGGGUGGCGGAUUCGCGUGUGUGCUCUGCGCAAGGUUUAGAAAAUCGGACACCGUGUGUAGGCAGAUUGAAGCAUUGAUGGAGCAUCUGUGGCGUGAUCACACAGGUGAGGAGAUGGAGCGGGAUAAUGACAUUGUUGAGUGUUGA